AAAACCUAAGGCUCAUACCAAAAAUACCGGAGCCCUCUCCUCUCUCUUCUCAUCUUCUGAACUAGAAAAAAAUGUGUCCCUCUGGUAGAAGUUUAGCUUCGAACACCAAAACUACGUCGGAUUUCAAGGAAGCAUUUGAUAUUCUUGACGCUGACCAUGAUGGGAAAAUAAGCAGAGACGAUCUUCGAAGGUUUUACGCGGGAUUGUCGAGCGGCGACGCCGAUAACGACGAAGUUCUAGGGUCGAUGAUAUCUGUGGCGGACUUUAACAAAGAUGGAUUCGUGGAGUUCGAGGAAUUCAAGCGUGUUUUAGACGGUAAUGGGAAGAAGAGGAGUUGUAACAACGGAGUUAUGGAAGAUGUGUUUAAGGUAAUGGACAAAGAUGGGGAUGGGAAACUAAGCCACGACGAUUUGAAGAGUUACAUGCAGUGGGCUGGGUUUGAUGCCAGCGAUGAUGAUAUUAAGGCUAUGAUGAAAUUGGGGGGUGGGGCUGAUAAAGACGGCGUAUCUUUCGGUGAUUUGCUUAAGAUUUUAUCUCUUGAUUCGUAGCUUCUGUCAUGUUGUUGAUAUAAUAAUGGGUGAACGUCUUUAUUAAUUAAAAGGAACUCUAUUAUGUUUCGAUUUCUGUUAUUAUGUUUCGAUUUCUGUUCUGAAACAAGAAUUUGUAUUUUAGGGAGUAGGUUUUGUUUUGGACGUGUUCCAUUUGCAAGCGUCCCUUUUCUAGUGAUUUUGGCUUUUUGCCAGCUUUGAAUGCCCCA